AGAUAUAUCUGGAAUACUUAUCUGCGGAAUUACGGUUUAAAUAAAACCGGAAUUAGCACUAUAUAAAGGUCCCUAACCCCUAGCCUCAAAUUGAUCAUUGUGAGCGGCACCACGGAAAAGGAUCGAGGAAUAGGGGUUAGACCGUUUUCGUGCUAAGAUCCAACAAGAGCAAAAUGGGCUUCACCAGGCUCGCACUGCUACUCUUCCCCCUGUUCCUCCUCCUCCUGAAGCUGAUCAUCGUCGGUCGCUACACAUGGCCGACACGCGCGCUCCGACUGCCUCCCGGCCCAUGGCAACUGCCUCUCAUCGGCAGCUUGCACCACCUCCUGCUGCCGCGCUUCGGCGAUCUACCCCACCGGGCCAUGCGCGAGCUCUCCCGCACACACGGCCCACUGAUGCUCCUCCGACUCGGUGCCGUGCCGACGCUGGUGGUGUCCUCCGCCGAGGCCGCUCGGGAGGUGAUGAAGACCCACGACGCCGCCUUCGCCGGCCGCCACCUGAGCGCCACGCUGGAGAUCAUCAGCUGCGGCGGGCAGGGCAUACUCUUCUCCCCCUACAACGACCGCUGGCGCGAGCUCCGCAAGGUGUGCGUGCUGGAGCUCUUCAGCCCGCGCCGCGUGCUGUCCUUCCGCCCCGGCCGCGAGGACGAGGUGGCGCGGCUCCUCCGGUCCGUCUCCGCCGAGUGCCGCGACGGCCGCGCCGUCAACCUCAGCGAGAAGAUCUGCCGCAUGAUGAACGACGUGGUGGUGCGCGCGGCCGUCGGCGGGAGGUGCGCCCGCCGCGACGAGUUCUUGCACGAGCUCGACGAGGCAGUGCGGCUCACCGGCGGCUUCAACCUCGCCGACCUGUACCCGUCGUCGCGGCUGGUGCGCCGCUUCAGCGCGGCCGCGCGGGACAUGGGGAAGUGCCAGAGGAGCAUCUUCCGCAUCGUGCAGAGUAUCAUACACGAACGCGCCGGCGCGCCUGCGCCGCCGGAGAGAGACGAGGACCUGCUCGGCGUGCUUCUGAGGCUUCAAAAGGACGGCGGGCGGCUCCAGUUUGAACUCACCACCGAGAUCAUCAGCACCGCCAUUUUCGACAUUUUUGGUGCUGGAAGCGAGACCUCGUCGACGACGGUAGAAUGGGCAAUGUCGGAGCUCAUGAAGAACCCACGAAUCCUGCACAAGGCGCAAGCGGAGGUGAGAGAGGCCUUCAAAGGGCAGGGCAGGCUGAGCGAGGAAGAUAUCGUCAAGGUGAGGCUGGACUACCUGCAUCUGGUGAUCAAGGAGGCCCUGAGGCUGCACCCUCCGGCGGCGCUCCUGCUGCCCCGUGAGUGCGGAGCGACGUGCCGGGUGAUGGGCUACGACGUGCCCAAGGGCACCAAGGUGUUCGUCAACGUGUGGGCGAUCGGGCGGGACGACAGCUACUGGGGCGCCGACACUGAAGCGUUCAGGCCGGAGAGGUUCGGGAAGAGCGCCGCCGUCGACUUCAAGGGCGCCGACUUCGAGUUCCUCCCGUUCGGAGCUGGCCGGAGGAUGUGCCCCGGCAUGUCGCUCGGGAUGGCCAACGUGGAGCUGGCGCUCGCUAGCCUCCUUUUCCACUUCGAUUGGGAGCUGCCCUCCGGUGUCAGGCCUCAAGAUCUGGACAUGACUGAGACCUUCGGCAUUACUGUGAGAAGGAGCUCCAAGCUAUGGCUUCACGCACAGCCCCGUGUUCCGUGUGCAUAAACUGCAUACUGUAUUCCAUUGAUUUGACAUGCAUGCAUGCGGUUGGAGCCGGAACUGUACGUGCCAGAUUAUCGAUGGGUACCGGAGGGGUAGACGCCAAAUUUCAGUGUGAUCCACUGGUCGGGGGUGGGGUAGAUUUGGCCAAUCACACAACAUAAACUGUGUAGUAGUAGGGUCCUUGUCUUACUAGUAACUAGCAUGUAAUGGCGCGGCGGCACGCCGCGCCCACGUGGUAGCUGCAAGUUGAAAAGCGGAAGAUAUUUGUGGUAUGUUGUAUUUGUGAGGGAAGUACACGGCCC